GAGGCGGCUGUCGAAGGCGUGACUUGGCAAACCGUGCGAGGAUUGGCAGAGAUGGACAGUCACGGCUGCUCAAACGGUCUACGCGAAGAGGAGAUCGACGCCGUGGCGAUGGCGGUGACUGCCGUCGUCGUGAACACGAUGGGCGACAAGGAGUCCUCGUCGCGCGACAUGCUGAUGCGGCUCCGGCAACGAAGAGCGCUGUCGCAGAGCGUUGCAGAGGUGCCGAAUUGUGCGGCGACGUGUGAGGCAGUCGUCCAAUUGUGUGCCGCGCUGACGUCUGGCGUUUUCCCGCGGCAGACUCCUCGAUGGUGGAUUAAACGACGGACUGGCGGGACAUGGGAGGACCUCCGGCUUCGGGACGACGCGACGGACGAGUACUUCCGGCAGAAACUGCGCAUGUCGACGGCCAUGUUCAACCACAUCGUAGCCGCGUGCGCCGCGUACAUGGAGAAGAAGGUGACGCACUAUCGAAUGCCAUUGCCAGUGGAGCAGCUGAUUGCUUUCGCGUUAUACAGGUGGGCGUCCGGAGAGAUGUACGAGAGCGGCACGUCAGCAUUUGGCAUCGGCAGGGCAACUGGACUGCAGGCUGUCCGCGACGUCACUUCGGCGAUGCUGCAAGCGUACCCCGACGCGAUAAAGUGGCCAAUGGGCAGGAGACGUGCGCAGAUUCUGCGCGCUUUUCGUGAGAAGGGUUUCCCAAACUGCUUCGGCGCUAUUGAUUGCACACACAUCUACAUUGACAAGCCCGCCGCCGCACCUUCCGAGAACUACUACGACCGCAAACAGAAGUUCUCCGUGCAGGCGCUCGGAUCCUCGACGUCCACGUGGGAUACCCUCCGUGUCCUGCACAAUUCCCAGUUGUUUAGGCGUGCAGAAAGUGGCGAGCUGUUCGACGCAACUCCGGAGAAUCUGCCGCACGGUGUCGUCACGCGAGGCUACAUGCUAGGCGACAACGGUUAUCCAGUUGCCUGUCCAUGGAUUGUGUCGCCGUACGGAGGAAUCGACCAAGGUGCUGACGAGGAGCGCUUCGACACGCGGCAAAAGUUGGCACGGGGGUGUGUGGAGAGGGCAUUCGGCCGACUCAAGUGCAUGUGGCAUCUGUUCUUGCGCACCCAUAAGACGAACCUAGAGACCUUGCCACAGCAAUGCGUGGUUGUCUGCACUCUCCACAAUAUCCUCCUGGACGCGGGGAUCGACUUCGACGAGAACCUUCGGUGGGAGGUGGAUGCGAGCAGCGUUCGGCGUAGAGUGGACUUGGGCGUUGUGGGGAACGGCGCACGCGGGCGGGGAUGGUGCACAAACGUGGAAGGUGAAUUGUUGAGGGAUGCACUGCGAGACCGCCUAGCUUUGAUGUAGGACCGUGCGGUAGGGAGGUGGUGCACACGGGGUGGUUCGAUCAGUAAGCCGCUGGAGUUAUUACGUGGU